AUGAGGCAACAACUAUCUCCCGUGCUCGCCUCCCUGGCAAAUGUCUUCAAAAUUCCUCUCCGACCUUCCACCCUGAACCAAACAUGUGGUGAAAUCCUAGCACAGAAUUCCUCCCGAUCGACGACACCAUCAACCCGCUCAUUUACAUCCAGCGCCGCACUCGCAAAACGAGGAGCAAAAACCAAGCCGGAUAAGAAAGUUACCCUAAUCCGCUACUUCCUCAACCACCCUCUCACCCCGCGCCCCCUCCGCUUCUCCCGCGACCGCUACCUCCGCCACUGGACCAUCCACCGCGCCUGGAACUUGUACCAGGCCAAGCGGCGCGCCGCACGCGAUCUCGAGCUCGAGCGCAUGCACGCGAGCAUGCGCGCGGCGUGCGAGGAGCUGCGCACCGGGGCGGGAGAUGGGGGCCGGUUGUUUCGAGUAGCGAUGAUCAAGAAGGGGGUGUUUACGGAUGGGGUGCCGAUUGAGGUUGGGCGGCUGCAGACGGAGACGCCGAGUCGGGAGGGGUGGAAUUAUGCGUGGAAGAGAUGA